AUACUAAUAAAUUAGUAAUUUUCUUGAAAUUCAUGACUCAAAUACCCAUGAUCUUGCCUCCAAUAUGUUCCCUUCAAAAAAUGCAAGAUCUCAAUCCAAAACACUUAGAAGAAGAAGAAGAAGAAGGAGAAGAUCAACCAAACAAGCCCUUAACCAAAACAACAUAUCAAGAAAACCGAAACCAAUGCUUCAAGAAACACAAUGUAACUUGCUCAAUACUCUUGGAGCCAUUUCAAUGGCUGCAAAUGCUCUCGUCGAAGCUGAACCCCACGUUCGUCCUCGGCGUGCUGCUCACCUACGGCCUCAACCAGGGCUUCUCGGGCUCGUUCUUCAAGGUCGUUUCCGACUUUUACUGGAAAGACGUCCAGAAGGUGCAGCCCUCCGAGGUGCAGCUCUUCAUAGGCCUAUACUACAUUCCGUGGGUGAUGAAGCCCGUGUGGGGUCUAAUGACCGAUGUCUUUCCGGUGAUGGGGUACCACCGGAGGCCCUACUUCGUCGUCGCCGGAGUUCUCGGCGUGGCGUCCGCCCUGUCGGUGGCCGCGGGAGGGCGGCUUGCGGUGGCGGCUGCUCUGACUCUUCUGAUUGGGAUAACAGGCGGUGUGGCGAUUGCGGACGUGACGAUCGAUGCUUGCAUUGCAAGGAAUAGUAUCGAGAUUCGGUCUUUGGCAGCCGACAUGCAAACCCUCUGCGGGUUAUGUUCGUCUGCCGGUGCUCUGUUGGGAUAUUCCACUAGUGGUUUUCUUGUUCAUCAUCUUGGAGCCCAGGUAGCAUUGGGGAUUUUGGCAAUUCCAUCAGCUACACUGAUUUUGCUAGGUUUUGUGAUCUACGAGCCAAGAACAACUAAUCAGGAUAUUCAUUUUGAGAAGACAAAGGCAACAGAAAAGUUAAGAGAAGCAGUGUAUGGAAUGUACAGAACAAUAAAAUUCCCACAAGUGUGGAAACCUUCUCUUUACAUGUACCUUUCUUUAGCUCUCAGCAUCAGUACGCACGAAGGCCAGUUUUACUGGUACACCGAUCCCGAUGCGGGGCCCGCAUUCUCCCAAGAAUUCAUUGGGAUGAUAUAUGCAAUAGGGGCAAUGGCCUCCAUAGUAGGGGUUAUAAUUUACCAUAAAGCCCUCAAGAACCACCCCUUCCGGCCUCUACUCUUCUACGCGCAGCUCCUAUACGCCGUAUCUGGAACCCUAGAUCUCGUUUUCAUCCAACGGUGGAACUUAGCUCUAGGAAUACCGGACUACACAUUCGUUGUUCUAGAAGAAUGUGUCUCUCGGGUUAUUAGUAGAAUUCGGUGGAUGCCUAUGAUGGUUUUGAGUUCACAAUUGUGCCCUUUGGGGAUCGAGGGCACUUUUUUCGCGCUCUUGAUGUGUAUUGAUAAUCUCGGCGCACUUACUUCAAAGUGGGGCGGUGGGUUGGUUCUUCAUUUGUUGCAUGUUACGAGGAGUGAUUUUAAGAACUUGUGGCUAGCGGUUUUGGUCCGGAAUGUUCUUAGGUUUGUGACGUUGGGUUUGAUUUUCUUGGUGCCGAAUGUGGGCCCGAACGAUGUUUUCUUGAUUCCGGCAAAGGUCGUUGUAGGUGGUGGUGAGGUGGUGGAUUGUGAGAAGUGUUUAGAAAUGGUUCCUUUGAAUGAGAAAGUAUAGAAGUUCUUGAGUUGUUUUUUUUCAUCGAGUUGUAUCGAUUUUUUUUGUUUGA